UUGAAAAUUAAUACCGGAAAUCUCUGUGUUAAACAACCCGACUGCUCAAAAUUCGUCCGGAGUGGAAAGUUUUUUCGUGGAAUCAGGAAGUCCAGUAAAAGAUUGUUGUGAGGUAAUCCGCGGCUGGUAUAUACAGCAACGCUGCAAAACCCUCUCUGCCUCUCACUGGACCUUUCAGGCAUGCGUGGUUAACCUAACUAGUAGCUCCAAGAAGAAUGUCCUACUGGUCUGUUGGUCUUCACCGGGACUCUGGAGACAUUCCCAGCAACAUGGAGCAAAAAAGCAGCCCUGGGGAGGAUAUGGGAGCAAAGGUGUCAUUGGUGGAGGAUACUGGGCCCUGUUCUACACUGCUAACUCACCCCACUUUUAAAAACAUCCAGGCAGCAUAUGAAGAUGGAGAGGAGGACGUUGCCAGGGAGCUGAUUCAACAAGCAUGCUGUGUGGUGUGCAGUGCUGGGACACCGCGCAUUGAUGGGGUACGUCUCCUGUGUGUGGCCACUCAGUAUGGUGAUCGACAGAGUGUGUGUUACCUCCUCAAAGAGGCUUGCAUCCCUGUGCCUCUGGAGCCAUCUAACAGCAACCCUGCUGUUUUGGCAGCGCACUAUGGCCACACCGACUUGGUCAAGGAGCUACUGGAUCAUGUUCCCGGUCCAUGCCUGAGGAAAGAUUUGCUCAACUCGAUGCUGGCCACAUCUUGCCAGGAGGGUCACCUUGAUGUGGUUCGUCUGCUGGUCCAGAGCUAUGAUGCUGACGCCAAGGACUGUGCAAUCCAUAGCGAUGAAUUUGCUGUCAUCACUGGCCUGCCACUGUAUGCUGCUUCACAAGCAAAUAAUGAGGAGAUCGCUCUCUUCCUGCUGCAAAACGGAGCAGGGUUCUCUUCAUACACCCUUAUGGACCAUCCAGCCUUCAGCAAACGUAUUCUCAGACUGAAACUGCAGGAAACAUACGAGGCAGAAGGAGACAAGGUUGUCAGUGUGUGUUGGCGUGGUCUUCAGCUGCCUUGGUUGGAGCUGGAUUGGUUCAUGGAUGUCUCUGCGCGUAUCACCCAGCUGGACCUGUCAUCUAACUGCCUGUCUUCUCUGCCCUCCGUGGUGCCCUGGGGUCUCAUCAGUCUGAGGACUUUGGAUCUUUCUAACAAUGAACUUCAGGAGCUUCCUUUAGCAAACAACUCCCAGGAAGUCAUCUGCUCCAGUUUACAACAGGUGAAUCUCUCUGAGAACCAGCUGAGCAGUUUGCCACCUGGACUUCUCCAUCUCACUCGCAUCCAGAAACUCUCUGCUGCCAAGAACCAGCUCACAGUUCUGUUUGACCUCCCUAAAACCACUAACUGGAUCGGUCUUCGUAAGCUAGAGGAGCUGGAUGUGUCUGAAAACUGCCUGACCAGUCUGUCCACAGCUGUCAUGCACUGUUUGAAAUCCCUGAGGCUCCUCAAUGUGAGCAGGAACAAGCUGAGCACCUUCCCUGACCCCUGGGCCUGUCCACUGAAGCAAUGCAAAGCUUCUUCCAAUUUGAUUGAGAAUCUUCCAAACACCAUCUCCAUCUUUUGGAGGAAUCAUCUGGAAGAAGUAGACUUCUCUGACAACAGUCUGAAGGAACUUCCUUCAUAUAUCUUUGAACUGGAGGCUGUGGUCUCUUUGAGAUUGUGUGAGAAUUACAUUACAGCACUCCCAGCCCCCAAUAAGUGGAAGUGCUCUAAGCUCAAGACACUUGAUCUUUCUCAAAACCAUCUGGGCAAAACAGAGGAUAGUCCCAAAUCCAGGAGACUGGCCUUCCUGACGACGUGGAACAGAAGGGACCCAGACCCAGUGUGUGCAAUAGAGUUCCCUGAUGUUCUGCGUGAUUCACUGGAAUUGCUCUACUUGAAUGACAACCAGCUGGAAUGUGUUCCCCAAUCAGUCUGUGGUCUGCACAAUCUCAAUGAACUCUACCUCUCAAAUAAUCCUGGAAUCCGGGAGCUUCCAACAGAGCUUGGUCAGCUCUCCAGUCUGUGGCAGCUGGACAUCGAAGACCUCAACAUUACUAAUGUUCCACAUGAAAUAAGAAAAGAAGGUCCUGCAUCGGUCCUGGCUUUCCUCCGGGCACAGCUUCGAAAAGCAGAGCGUUGUAAACUGUUAAAGAUGCUGGUGAUUGGUCCACCACGGCAGGGCAAGUCAGCCCUCCUCGAGGCUCUGCAGACUGGCAAAGCCUCCCCCUUCACCCCAGCAGAAUGUAGCAUCUCCACCUCUGUCUGGGAGCUGGAUAAACCUAGUGGAGGCAAGAACAAAAAAGACUCUGUGAUUUUCAAUGUGUGGGACAUUGGUGGUCAGGCCAGCAUGUCCACAGUGAACCAGUGUUUCUUUACUGAUAAGGCUUUGUAUGUGGUCAUCUGGAACCUUGCAAUGGGAGAGGAAGCUGUGGCCAACCUGCAGACAUGGCUGCUCAACAUAGAGGCUCGGGCCCCUAACUCUGCAGUGAUUGUAGUGGGAACACAUCUGGAUCUUAUUGAUACCAAGUUUCGUACGGAGAGACUGGCGACACUGAGGGCUUACGUUUUGGCUCUGUGUCGAUCCCCAUCAGGGACUCGAGCUGCUGGUUACCCUGAUAUCACCUACAAACACUUGCAUGAAGUGUCCUGUAAAACUCUGGAGGGAUUUGAUGGUCUAAAGAUGCUGAUCUACCAAGUGGUUCUCUCCAUGAAAGAUAACAGCAGCUUAGCCUGUGGUGGCAAACUGCUAGGCAGACUGAUUCCCAGAAGCUACCUGGCACUCCAGGAAAUAGUCAUAGCCGAGAAGGAGAGGCGACAUUCCGAAGGAGAGGUCCAGUACCUAACUGAUGCACAGCUAAAUGACAUCAUUGAACAAAACCCAGGAAGUGACAUCAGAGAUUACGAAGACCUGCAGACUGCGAUCGGUUUCUUGAUAGAAACUGGAACCUUGCUCCACUUUCCUGACACCAGCCAUGGGCUUUGCACUCUCUACUUCCUAUGUCCCGUGUGGCUGUCGGAAUGCUUGGAGAGGAUCGUACACCUCAAAUCCUCUCGAUAUAUAGCAAGAAAUGGAGUGAUCCAAACUGAAGACCUCAGGAUGCUUUUGGUAGGAACAGGGUUCACACAGCAGACAGAGGAACAGUAUUUCCAAUUUCUGGCCAAGUUUGAGAUUGCCCUGCCUGUGGCCAACAACAGCUAUCUGCUGCCCCAUCUACUUCCCCCUAAGCCAGCCCUGGACAUUCAUGGCUUCCGCCAGCAGACCCACAACACCCUCAAACGCCUUUUCAAGAUGAGCUUCGUUCCUGCUGGAUUUUGGGAGCGUUUCAUUGCCAGGAUGCUUAUAAGCCUCCAAGAAAUGGACAUGCAGUCAUUUGAAAGCAAAAUAAAAAGCACCAGGAGCCGGCACAGCAGGAAUUCUGUGAUCUACAGCUUUACCGGAUCACAACAGAGGAGCCGCUGUAGCACCUUUAGAGUCCGACGCAGCCAGACUAUCUACUGGAAGGAAGGACUUCUCGUCACUUUCGAUGGAGGUUACCUCAGUGUGGAGUCAUCGGAUGUUAACUGGAAGAGGAAGAAGAGUGGAGGCAUAAAAAUUAUCUGUCAGUCAGAGACCAGGGAUUUCUCUGCUAUGGCGUUCAUCACAGACCAUGUCAACUCUCUGAUAGAGCAGUGGUUCCCAGCUUUGACUGGCAGUGAAAGUGAUGGGAGUCUUCUUGUAGAGCAGUAUGCCCCUUGUUCUCUCUGUGCCUCCCUGGGCCAAAAGAAUCAGGUUGAGUUCCCAGCCAAUGAACACAGCAAGGAUGGAGAUGGUGUAAAAUGUGAAGACGACAAAGGAAGAGAAGCAGGGGUCUAUUAUUUUAACAUGGAGGACUGCGUACUGGCUGCAGUGGAGAAGGAACACAUCGUGUGUCCUCUGCAUCCCGAUCAGCCAGUUCCUCUUCAAGAGCUGGUCCCAGAACUCUUCAUGACUGACUUCCCUGCACG